CUCUCAAGUAAGUUUCCUUUUUGUUUUUCUGGUAAUAAAUCAAUGUCAACAAAAGACAAUAUUUGAGUAAUUCUGUUAAGAAUGAUUGGAAACAUCAUCAAAAUGAAACUGUCGCCAUGCCAUUUGGGUGCCUUGCCUUGCGGGAGGGACGGAACUACAACAGCCUAUCAGAAAUCACUGACAAGUACGAGAUUGGACAAGUGCUGCGAGCGUGAGUACAGCCGACCAAUCACAGUGCAGGAUACUAAAACCGAUGCAUGGAAGGAGUUCUGUGAGCUGUGCCUGGCGAAGGACAGACAGACGGACAAGGUCUUCGGCUGCAAGAAGUUUAUCAAGAAAGACGGACGCAAAGUCCGGAAGGCGGCCAAGAAUGAGAUCAUGAUCCUGAAGAUGAUCAAUCACCCUAAUAUUCUUCAACUCAUUGAUACUUUUGAGACCAAAAAGGAGUACUUCAUUAUACAGGAACUUGCCACUGGAGGAGACGUGUUCGACUGGAUCCUGGACCAGGGGAACUACACAGAGCGAGACGCCUCCCAGGUCAUCAAGCAGGUGCUGGAGGCCGUGGCGUAUCUGCAUUCACUGAACAUCGUCCACAGAAACCUCAAGCUGGAGAACCUGAUGUACUACAACCACAACAAUCACAACAAGGUGGUUCUGCGGGAUUUCUACCUGUCCUGCUUUGAGAAUGGCUCCGUCACUGAGCCCUGCGGCACCCCAGAGUACCUGGCUCCGGAAGUUGUAGCCCGACACAGGUACGGCCGCCCUGUUGACUGCUGGGCGGUGGGAGUCAUCAUGUACAUCCUUCUGUCUGGAAACCCUCCUUAUUACGACGAGACCGAAGAAGAGAACACAGACCUCCACAAUCGCUUCAUUUUCUGCAAGAUCGUAGCGGGGGAGUUCGAGUUCGACUCUCCCUACUGGGAUGACAUCUCACCUGCAGCCAAGGAGCUAGUGUGUCAGCUGAUGGAGGUGGAUCAGUUGCUUCGAAUCUCUGCGCAGGACGCGCUGUGUCAUGAGUGGAUCGCAGGGGACGGAGCGUCGGAGAAGAAUCUGAAGGAUGGCGUGUGCGCCCAGAUCGAGAAGAACUUUGCCAAAGCAAAAUGGAGGAAAGCAAUCCGCGUCGCCACCUUCAUGCAGAGACUCCGCACCCCUGAUUCUGCAGGGAGGGGGGGGAGCACGCAUCUCACCCCAAGGAGUUCCAUGAGCAUCUCUCACGAGGUCACCAUCGAGAACCUUCCAGAACCUUCGGAGAAGCGGCAGUCGCACAAGCCUCCCGCCAUGCUGAUUCUGAGCCCUUCCGUCGGCCUGUCUCCCACAGCUACCAUGGACAACCUUCGAGUUCACUCCAAACCCCCUCCCCUCCCCCCUCAGCCCUCCCCCGCCAGACCGAGCCUUCCAGAACCCAAGAGCAAAGCCGCUCCUGGAGAGUCCAGCUCUUGGAAAAUGGCAGCCGUUCUAGAUCGUGGAAGGGAGAACAAGGUUCCAGAUCAAACCAAGCCCUCGCUUGCCAGGGUUCUAGAUCGCAAGGAGCCCAAAACGGCCAUCGCUAUUCUAGAUCACAAACGAGAGGAGAAGACGAAGGGCUUUCGCGAUCAUAGCGAGAGGAAAGCCGCUCCACAUCAAAGCCAGAGUAAGAAGAUCAUUGUUCUAGAUCAGGGUGAGGAUAGUAAAUUGCAUGGGGUUCCAGGUCAAACAGAGAGGAAGUCUCCUGCCGCUUUAGAACAGCGCAAAAUGGCAGCUGUUCUAGAUUGGAGAGAACCUGGCCGCACUCAAGAUUCGGGCGACAAGAAAUCUGUUUCGCCUCUAGAUCAACACCGGGGAGUAAAGGCUUGCUUUGAAUUGCAGGACAAGACAAUAAUGACUGACAAGGCAGCUGUUGCUAGCAUUCUAGAUCAAAAGCCAGCAGUCAUGGUUCUAGAUCAAGACAAGUGGAAAAUGGACACAGUGAUUGAACAAAUCGAGAAGCAGAUCAGCGACAGUCGAGAUUCAGAAAGAGAGCGAGAUUACAGGCACUCAGUUCAUGAUCGCUCACUGUCGGUCCCAGAACAGAGGGAGGGGCGUGUUCUAGAUCACAGGAGCCCAUUUCCAGAUCGAAGGCAGGUUCUAGAGAGAGGGUGUGGUUCUAGACCCAGCCUCCCACACCUCACCACUGUAACAGCGGUGGACUCCCAGGAGCCAAUUACACACGAGGACGACGGGGCUGACAGCGACGGGAGCCAAUCAGAGAAGGGGCAUGUCUAGGGAGGAAAGUAGUGACUAAGAAGGCAGAACCACAAAUUUCUUUUCUUUUCCUUUAUCGGCUGAGCAGCUUCUUGCUGUGAUUUCUUUAUCCUGUAUUCUCAAAUUCUUUCAAUAAAACUUUGAAAAAAGG